AUGGUGGACAAAUCGCAAUGCCAGACGCACACCCGCACACCCUGGGGUAAACCCGCCCAUCUCUACGACCGCCGCAUUCGAUACCUGUUCAUGGGCAUCCUCUUUGUCACCAUUCUCGCCGCCGUCGUGAAGCAGCCGGAACCUGACCUGUCGAACCUGAUGUCUGCCGACUUUCUGGUGUCAAAGCUGUUUCACGGCGAUAAAGAGAAACAUCCGUAUCACCCGCCUUUUCAGAUCUGUGGGAAUCACCUUCACGACUGUCAGGCGUACUUCAAGCCCAACUUUUGUUGUCCUCCGCUCCAAGUUUGCCACGAGACAAAAUGGUCUCCCUCGGGGAUAUACUGCUGCGCUAUAACAGACGAAUGCAUUGUUUCUGAGGAGCACCCUGCGACAUGUCUGGCCAACACGACGCAGUGCGGACGAGAACUUGGUGGUGGAUGCUGUCCCGAAGGCACUACAUGUUCGCCGGAUGGGUGUCUACAGCAAUUAGACUCAGGAACAGGACUCCUGGACAGCCUGCUGCUGCCAAGAAUGGAGAUGGAUAAAGAGACGGUGUCUGAGACAUUCGACAUUGGACAAGACAGGGCGGAAAGCCACAAGGCGCUCUCGACCGGGUUCAAGUUUGGCGAAGUUGGGAUGGUCAAGCUAAGUACAAGCGAAAUGCUUCAAAUACCGUACAUGGGCAUGAUGUUGUCUGUGGGUAUGGCCUUGUCAUUUGCCGCCUUGUAG